AUGCCGGACGAGCUGACGGAGCCCGGGCGCGCCACGCCGGCCCGCGCCUCCUCCUUCCUCAUAGAGAACCUGCUGGCAGCCGAGGCCAAGGGCGCUGGGCGCGCGGCCCAGGGCGGCGGCGGCCGCGAGGACGAGGAGGACGACGACGACGACCCUGAGGACGAGGACGCGGAGCAGGCGCGGCGGCGGCGGCGGCGGCUGCAGCGGCGGAGACAGCUGCGCGCGGGCUCCGGGCCGAGCGGGGACGCGCGGGCCCGGGCGCUGCUUGGGCCGGGCGCGCUGGGCCUCGGUCCCCGGCCGCCCCCGGGUCCCGGGCCGCCCUACGCUCUGGGCUGCGGAGGCGCCACGCGCUGGUACUCGCGGUCGCACGGAGGCUACGGAGGCGGCCUCAGCCCUGACACCAGCGACCGGGACUCACCGGAGACGGGCGACGAGGUGGGCCGCGCAGAGGGCGCCUGGCCGCGGGGCCCCGGGCCGGGAGCGGUGCAGCGGGAGGCGGCGGAGCCGGCGGCGAGGGGCCCGGCAGCCGGCGCGGAGGAGGCGGCGGAGCUGGCCGAGGCCCGGGCGGCGGCGGCGGGGGAGGCGCGCGGCGGCCGCAAGAAGAAGACGCGCACGGUCUUCUCGCGCAGCCAGGUCUUCCAGCUCGAGUCCACCUUCGACCUGAAGCGCUACCUGAGCAGCGCCGAGCGCGCCGGCCUGGCCGCCUCCCUGCAGCUCACCGAGACGCAGGUCAAGAUCUGGUUCCAGAACCGCCGCAACAAGUGGAAGCGGCAGCUGGCGGCCUCAACCUCGGAGCAGAUCCAGCCCCCACCCUGCCGGAGCCAGCGGCUGGGCGCAGUCCACGGCAAUCCAGGCUGUCCCAGGUGCUUCAUGGAGGUGACCACUCUCCAACCCGAACACCCCUGCCUGGGGCUAUGCAUGGGCAGGACAGCAGGCCCCCGGGGCACUGUGAUCAGCCUCAUGGCCUUAACCUCGGGCCGGCAGAGAGAAUCCCAGGAAGAGAGCCCCUGUGGAGCGGAAGGGGUGAAGAUCCUUCCAGGCAUCGGCACCCUUGGCUUAGCCUCCCCUGGGACCCUGACCCUCCCUCGCUUUGGUGGUGACCUCAUGCUGUCAGCAGACGAACCAUUGCCAGUCCUCAAAAGGACGUGUCCAGAAGGCCUGGGCAGAGCUGGCCGCACCGCGGAGGCCUCCGGGCCAGCGCAGGUCCCCCCGCCGGCCGCGGCCACCUGCUCUCUGCCGCUUUCCCUCCACGCACCAGGCGGGCCGUCAGGCGGUGCCGGCGCUCUGUGCUCCGCGCCGCACCCGCGCGGCGUUGCACCGCGGCGAUGGGAUUCGGCAACGGCCGUGGUCCCGAGCGCUCGGACCACGACUGGGAUCCUUACAACCCAGGAUAAAGGGGUUAUCACCACGAGGCAACCGUCUUAUUCGACUGUCUGUGGCCUGUGCGGGUGCGGUCUCGAGGUGGCGGCCGCAGGGCGCAGCGAAGCGCUGUGUGGCGCCGAGGUCCCCAGGCGGCUCGCCCACAGCGGCGGGUCGGUCUGCACCAACCAGAGCUCCGCGUCCGCCCGGGAGCCUCCUGGCGCCGGGGCCACAGGCGCGCGAAGGGGAGGAGCCGUGGGCGCCGUACCCUCGGACCCGUCCGCCGGGUUGUUCUCUGCCCGCCCCACCCCACCUGGGCACUCCGGGGUCGUGGCCGAGACAGCAGGCACCGCCCCACCCCAGCUCACGUCUGCCCGCCUUCAUUCAAAGCCCUGGCGAGGGACUGACGGGCAUCCCGGUGUCUCCCAAGCAUCCUUCAAAGCCUUCUGGCCUCGUCUGGCAAUUCUCAGCAAGGGGGACCUGGUGAAGGCUAGCCCGCACGACCGCGGCAGUGCCCCCGGGGCCCCGGCUGCGCGUUUCCUUUCUCGCUCGGAUUCUCUGCUUUACUGCUCUGUGGGGACAGUUGUACUAAUACUCCCCGCCGAGGCCCUACGUCGCCUCGAUCCGGCUCGGGGGAGCUGGCGUCGCCGCUUCGCGUCCGGAUCCCGCGCCUGCCCCUCUGGGGCCCUCGAGCCGGGCUGUCCCCUCUCCCGGCCUGAGUGUCCCCCCGGGCUGCCCGAGCUUGAAGGAGAGAAACUGGAAGUGGCGCCAGCUCCGCGGCUCCCGGGACCCGGCGGCCGGCCGGCGCGGAGCGGCCCCCUUCUCAUCCCAGGCCGUGGGGCGUCGGAGAGCAAGCCCGUCCCUUCCCCCUCCGGCUCCGCGCCAUCCGUGUGGUCCCCGCGCCACCACCUAAGACGCCGAGCUCUAGCCCAGGGGCCGGGGCUGGGCCGGGGAGAAGGGAGGCCGGUGCACGAAUGCGCAACAGCCCUCCAGAACUACAGCUGCACCCCUAACCCCGCCAGCACCGUCGACAGCUCCGUCUGCCCCUCCGGGGCCCAGAUGCACUUUCCCCACCUGAGUCCCCCCUACGUGGGGGGCGUGUUUGGGGUCAGCACCUCUAUAGAUCCAGUGUGGCCCCAAGAAAGGCGGAGACAGGCUACCCAGAAGCCCGAAGCCACACCUCACUCCGGCGCCAGGGGGAGGUUCCACCGCAGCCAGGUGCCUCGGGAGCCAGAGGGGCCAUUGCCCACCCCGCCCCCCAGGGCGUCGGCUCCUACCGCGCGCACAGGGGCUCGAGCGGGCAGCGGGGACCCGGGCCCAGGGAUUGCCCGGGGCCCGCCGACCCUGGCCCAGGAGCGCAACCUCAGCCGCACGGCCCGGUUCGUUCUGCCCGAGUUCACUGCAAGCCGCUCCGGUCGCCCGCGCCCCGGUCUCUGCAUCCCAGCCUCGACCUCUUGCCGCCCUCCUUCCCGGAGCCGCUCUCGGGGCUCCUGCUGCCGGAACCGCAGCAAGAUUGCACCUCUCAGCCAUGCAGUGGGGCAGCAGGUGACUGGUCCUGACCAGUACGAAGCGAACAGAAGGGAGCAGUGGAAAACCGGACGAUGCUCUGAUCUCUCUUCCCUUGCUUUGGAGGCUGAGGAAGCUGCAGGUGCCGGACGGUGCAGCUACAAUAUGGUGGAGCCUCCAUCAACCUGGGUCCCCGGGCGACCAUGGGAAGCAGCGUCCCCACAUGGGAUAGGCAGCCUGAGCAAGAAAUAA